UAGCCGGGUACCUUAAGUCACUUGGACUGAGGAUUCAAAGAAGAAGAAUUCGCGAGUGUUUAGCAAGGGUGGAUCCAGCGAAUACUGCCUUGAGGUGGGGAAUGGUUAUUUCUCGUAGGCAAUACUCCGUGCCAUGGCCAAAUUCUCUGUGGCAUUUAGAUGGUCAUCAUUCUCUCAUUCGCUGGGGUUUUGUAAUCCACGGAUGCAUGGAUGGUUUCUCUAGAAGAGUUGUGUUUCUUAGAUGUAGUAAUAAUAAUCUUUCACAAACUGUUCUGGAACUCUUUCUGAAAGCAAUUGAAAAAGAUGGGUUGUGGCCAUCACGUAUUCGUGUGGAUUAUGGUGUGGAAAAUGUAUUAGUUUGUGAUGCUAUGGUGGAAGCAAGAGGUGAAGGUAGAGGGAGUUUCAUUGCCGGUCCCUCCACGAGAAAUCAGAGAAUUGAAAGACUCUGGAGGGACGUCUUCAGAAUAAACCUUGCGCUUCACGAAUAUAUGGAGGCCUUCAACCAUCACAAGGUAAGGACAGCAAACCAUUGGUCCCCAUAUGGCAUGCUAAAUGAAGACAACCCCUUGGUACAUGGGCAAUUAGAUGAGGAUCCUAAUGACCUGGAGUUCUAUGGUGUUGACCCAGAUGGGCCAUCUCCAUUUGAAGAUAGCAACAACAAUGUUGUUGUUCCUCCAGUGACAUUACCAGUUGAACAUCAGUCAGUUCAAGCCAAAGUUCUUGAGCAGAUCGAUCCAUUCAUGUCAUCGAUGCAAAUGGGCAUAGAUAUCUACACUAACAUUCACCAAGUAUAG